CCAUUUCGCUCUACACCCCUGCGCACCAUGGCGCUCGAGCCCCGAGCCGCCGCCGCUGCCGUCGCCGCCGUCGUACACGUGGCGCUGCGCUUCUCUUCCGUCGCGCUGCUGUGCGCCGUCGUUCCAGCCGCAGGCAGCAGCGAUGUGAGCGCGGGCUCCGUGUCCGAGCUGCUCUCGCCCUACGACGCGCUCUACUAUUGGGGGGUGCGGGCCUAUUUCUCCCAGGACUGGGAGCGCGCAGCCGAGCUGCUCGAGAAGUCCAUCGCCACCCGGGACGCGCUCUUCCGGACCCGCCGGCGCUGUCAUGACAGCUGCGUCGCGGCAGGGCGGGAGCGCCUGGACACACUGGAUGCCAAAGAAGGCAGCAUGUGGGACUUGAAGGCUCUGGACUGGGUUCAGAAGACGGCGGAAUGUGCGCAGUUCUGCGUGGGCCAGGUCACGACCCCAGCAGCGCUGCUCCCAGUUUCCACGGACAUAGAGUAUGAGUUUAGCACCCGCAACCCGUACAACUUCCUUCAGGUCACGUACUACAAGCUGGGGAAAGUGCAGAGGGCUGUGUCUGCGGCUCAGACCUUCUUUGUGGCCAAUCCAAGCCAUAUGGAGAUGAGGAACAACCUGGAGAAGUACAGGCGGAUGCCUGGAGUCAAGCAGGAUGCCUUCCAGGACAGGGAGAGUGAUGCAGAGAAGCACUGGUCGCUCUACAACUCGGCGAUCUUCUCCGAGUCCUCCAGCGAGUGGCCGCGUGCGGCGGACAUGUGGAAGGAGUGCAUGAAGGAGACGCUAAAGCGGACGGAUGAGUGUCGGGCACAGUGUGUCAUGGAGGCGCAGCGUUUUCCCGACCGGGAGCCCGAGGGCUCGGAGGGGGUGUUCCAAAAAGCGGCAGCUCUGUCGCUUUCCUUGCUGUCCUGUAAGCAGUCCUGCGUGUCACACGUGUCCACGCGACCCGGAAGGAUUUCUCCCCAUGAGGACCUCCUGCCUACCAUAUUGGAGCACUUACAUAUCGCACAGUUCAAAGCGGGAGACCUCAAGGGGGCAAUCCAGAGCCUUCGCUCGCUGCUCCUCUUCUACCCAUCAGACCCAGACUCGCUGUCCAACCUCCAGCUCUACCUGGACACCUUGGCCGGGGAGUCUGUGGCACAGGAGUCCCAGCCCAUGGAGGAGAUUUCCGGCUAUGUCAGCAGGUCGUUGCAGGAGAAGAAGCUGCUGUUUUUCGGGGUUGAACAUCUGGACUUUAGUUUCACCGACCCGGACCUGUGGACGCCAGAGGACGUUGUUCCUGAGUCCUUAAGGGAUGCCUGGAGAGCGGAGAGGGACAAAGCGCAGGAGAGAGACAGGGAGGGACUCCGGGAGGCGGAGGUGGAUGAUAGCGGGUUCUAUGCGGGAGGACACGUCCCUCUCGUCGGAGUGGAAAUCGCCAUGGACGACGUCGCCCUGAACGGGACCAAUCGCGUGGUGCUGGACGGGGUUCUCGCACCCCGCGAGUGUGACACGGUGCUGCAGCUAGCUGCAGCCGCUGCUUCGGCCGGCGACGGCUACCGGGGCCGCAGGUCCCCUCACACUCCGCAUGAGAAGUUCGAAGGUCUCACUGUCCUGAGGGCACUCAGGUUGGCACAGGACGGACUGAUCAACCGGACAGAUGCCAGGCUGCUCCACGAAAUCGGCGAGAGGAUUCACACACUGCUGCACUCCUAUUUCAGGAGCCCCUCGCCUCUGUACUUCUCUUUUACGCACCUGGUCUGCCGUACUGCUGUGACAGGAGAGCAGGAGGGCAGGCAGGACCUCUCCCAUCCCGUGCAUGUUGACAACUGCCUGCUGGAACCUGAGACGCGGCGCUGCUGGAGGGAGCCACCCGCCUUCACCCACAGGGACCUCAGUGCAUUGCUUUAUUUGAACGAUGACUUUGAAGGCGGGGAUCUCUUCUUCACUGACCGAGAUGCGAAGACUGUCACAGCUACAGUGAGACCAGCUUGCGGGCGUCUUGUCGCAUUCUCCUCCGGGCCGGUCAAUCCUCAUGGUGUUACCGCCGUGACAGCUGGGAGAAGGUGUUCACUGGCCCUCUGGUUUACUAAGGAGAAGUUGCACAGAGACAUGGAGCGAGAGGAGGCAGAGGCGCUUUGGGCAGCUGAUGGCCAGAGUGUGAGAAAAGCAGAAGACGAGGACGAUGAGAAGAAGCUCACCCAACGUCGCUCGGGACGAAGGCAGGGUUCGAAAGAGAAGAGUAAAGGGAGGGAAAGGGUGUUGGGAGCACACGAUGAGCUGUGAUGAGGGGAGCAGGAGCAAUAAAGGAAAGAGACCAUGUUCUAGAUGGAAAUACAGGCGUGGUCCUCGUUCCUCUUUGUGUCUCCUCUUUGGGCGGUUGACGCUGUCUCUCGGCUUGCAGUCCUUUGUUUCCCUCCCCCCCUACAUAAGAAAAUCACGCGUGUAUGAGAAAAGAUGCUCCCUUCUCCCAACUCGUGUCUGUUCCUGCUCUCGGACGUGUCCGGUCAAGAGUGUUUAUGCAGAUCCACCUGUGAUGAUCAACUUCUGUGAUGUAAUAUUUUCCUGUAAAAUUAACUGUAAAAUAAAAUGAUACCUCGCUCGGUCGCGGAGUCGGCAGACUAGCUAAUGAGCCGAGAGAGAAAGCGGGAGCGAAUGAGGCGUUAAUGCGUGACAUCCAUUAACCGUUUACCGCACCCCCUUCUUUGCCAUGCCAGGAUUAGAAGGGAAAGGAAUCGUGGGAUAUUCGGCAUAGUUGCGCGCACGCUGAGGCACCGAGCGGGACUUGGCAGGACAGUACAUUAACGCUGAUGGUCCGAGAGAGAGAGGUAUAG